AGAAGUGAGAAAAUGCUGGGAUCAGAACGAGGUGUUGUGGAAGAAUGGCUGUCAGAAUUCAAGGCAUUACCUGAAACACAAAUUUCCAGCUAUGCAGCUACCUUGCACCGGAAAAAAACACUGGUACCAGCUCUUUAUAAGGUCAUUCAAGACCCAAAUAAUGAGCUCCUGGAGCCUGUUUGCCACCAGCUCUUUGAACUUUAUCGUAGUUCUGAAGUUCGGCUCAAGAGAUUCACGCUACAGUUUUUGCCGGAGUUGAUCUGGGUAUAUCUACGUCUUACUGCCAGCAGAGACAGGCAGAGUAAUGGUUGCAUUGAAGCAUUGCUGCUUGGCAUUUACAACUUGGAAAUUGCUGACAAAGAUGGCAACAACAAAGUUCUGUCUUUCACCAUCCCUUCAUUAUCUAAACCCUCAAUAUAUCAUGAGCCCUCUACUAUUGGAUCCAUGGCUUUAACAGAAGGAGCUCUAUGUCAGCAUGAUCUCAUAAGGGUAGUUUACAGUGAUCUUCAUCCUCAAAGAGAAACCUUCACAGCACAGAACAGGUUUGAGGUGUUGAGCUUUCUUAUGCUGUGCUACAAUUCUGCUAUUGUCUAUAUGCCUGCCUCUUCUUACCAGUCACUUUGUAGGAUGGGUUCCAGGCUGUGUGUGAGUGGAUUUCCACGGCAGCAUGAGAAACGCUGGAAAGAGCCUUGUGGUAGGGUGGUGUUAGACCCUGACUUCAUGGUGCAGCUGCUCACAGGUGUCUAUUAUGCCAUAUAUAAUGGUCAGUGGGAUCUUGGCCAGGAAGUAUUGGAGGACAUAAUUUAUAGAGCACAGCUUGAACUCUACUCGCAGCCUCUGCUGGUUGCAAAUGCAAUGAAGAACUCACUGCCCUUUGAUGCUCCUGACGCAUCCCAGGAUGGCCAGAAGGUACUGAAAGUAGAAGUUACCCCGACAGUGCCGAGGAUUUCCCGGACUGCCAUUACAACAGCUUCUAUCCGUCGACACCGCUGGAGGAGGGAAGAUACUGAAGGUGUAAAUGGAAGAGAGGAAUCUCUGAACCUUAAUGAUGCUGAUGAAGGAUUUUCAUCAGGAGCUUCGCUCAGCAGCCAGCCAGUUGGGACCAAACCUCUAUCAUCUGUAUCCCAGAAAGGCAGCUUAAGGAAAACAGCAAGUGGGCGUUCUGCAAAGGAUAAAGAAACCUCUUCUGCAGUAAUAUCUAAUGAGAGCCCUCGAGAUUCUGUAUCUCGGAAGCAGUACGUGCACCAAUCCGCUGAUCUUGACACAGAUGUAAUUGAGAUGACACCUACUAAGAAGCACCUAGGCCUGCCUACUGGGCAGGUGGUGGCAAAAGCCAACAGUUUGAGCCUGAUCAGGACCGCCAGUGCUUCCUCCAGUAAAUCAUUUGACUAUGUGAAUGGCAGUCAAGCAGGCUCCAGUGUUGGAGCUGGUACAGAGAGUGUUACCAAUCUAGCAGCUGGCAACACCAAUCGGUUUUCGACUAUCAGCCUACAAGAGGACCGACUAGGCCAAGGUGGGGAAGGUAAAGAUCUCCUUUCUCCAGGAGCUCCCCUAACCAAGCAGUCUCGAUCUCCAAGUUUCAAUAUGCAGCUGAUAUCCCAGGUGUAAAUUUUACUCCCUUCCUUAGGACUCCUUCUUUCCCCUUAAUUCCCAGGCAAGUUCAUCCUUAGGCAAAACAUGAAUCAUCAUCCCACCGUGUGACAAUACUGACUGUUGUGAUCUUGUUUGAUUUGGUUUAGCUAUCAUACUAUAUUACUGAAACAGCAAUAAUUCUUCCCUCACCUUCAUCCUCUCCCUCACCUUGUAAACAUGGUUGUGAAGCAGUAUAUAAUGUACUGUAUGCCUUUUUCCAUGCCUUCCUUCCUCCUUGGGUGAUGUGCAAUCCAUCGUAGGCUGAUCAGUCCCAUUUCAACACUGUGAGACUGGAGACACCGGCAGAAAUGGUGAAUGUGAUCCCUAUGAGAUGAUGCUUUGGCUUUGUUAAGAAAUAGAAACGGGUUUGUUUUCUCGGUCUACAGUACUGCAAAGACUACUGGAUCAUGACUUUUCUUUCUCAGAACCAGGAGUGCCUCAGAGAUUCUAGUGUGACUUUGGACCUCUCUGAGUCUGUGCAAUCAAUUCUGGGGAGGGGAUUGUCAUUGCUGCUCCUGGCUGCCUACAGCACUUUUUCAUUAAAAUGAGGGUAGUUUUUUCUUGCC